UGGUGGUGGUAAUGGUGGCUGGGUGGGUUUUUUGAUGAUGGUGUUUAUUGCUAGUUUGGUUUUAGCUUGUUUCUUUUUCAAGUUAGAAUGUGGAAAAAUGUGUGAUACCGGGAAUUUAUAAAAACAAAAGGAAUUUAUUAGUGGCGUUAUUAUAAAAUUCUGUUUCAGAAAUUACUUUUUUAAGUUUAUUUUUUACAACAUCUGUGGGAAACUGUAGUUUGGUAUUGGUAGGGAAAUUUACUUAAGGAGACUUUUACCUGAUUUUUGUUGUGAACUGCUUAUAAAGUAUUUUUGUCUCUUACACAAAGAGAAUGACGUGGUAAAAGUUAAAAUCCAACUCCCAGAAGAAAACCAAGCGCGUGAGAGGUGUGAGGAAGACUGACAAACAGGAGAAAAUAUCCCAGCAAAAUCUUUCUCACCACCUGGAAAUCUGAAUAGAUAAGGUAAAAAAAAAAUACGCUGGGUUGCAAUUCUUUACUUACGUAAAAAUUGAAUUCUUUGUUUUCAGCCUGAAUGGCUUUACUCAUUUGAACAAAUAUAAUUAAUUAUUGUUUCAUUCAAGAGGUAAGUAUGUGACCACACUGGCUUUAUGCUUAUUGGUUGAUUUCAAUUCGGGGUUUGCUCUAAGAACUUAUUUAGUGUUAAUUGGUGGAUUUCAAUUAUAGGGAUUUGCUUUGACACAUGCGUUUGCGUUUGAGCAUGAGAAAAACUGAAUUUUGAUAUCCUCGACAAAAGUUUAGUUAACCUAGAAACCCAUAAAGGUAGCUAUAAAAUCAGCCCUAAAAACUAGAAAAUCAUGGAAAUUUGUGUUGGAAAAGGAUUCUUUGUAUCUCUGAAACUUUAAUAGCAAGCUAAUCUACUUAAAAGAUUCCAUUUAGAGUUAACUUGUAACCUUUCAUACUAUAUUAUUGUUAUAAUAAGCAAAGGCUAGUAAACCGUUUUUUCGUUCACACAAUUCUGUGCCGGAGGAAAAACCACUUAUCCAAAGAAAACAAACUACAAAAACUUGUAAAGGGUAAAGUAAAAUCUUUUGUUCUAAAAUUAGUUAAUUCUACCGCUUAUUAUAUUUCAGAUAUUAAAAAGAACGUCUAUUUUCUUUUCAUUUGUUAAUCCAAUCUGUCAAAUGGAAACCAUCAAGAUACUUGGAUUUGUUUUGAAAAUCUUGCAUGUUAUCGCUGCAGAUAAAUUUGAAUAUGACUUCAGAGACAUCAUCGAAAGACUCGUACCAACUGAAGUAAUCUUGCAAACAUUAUCCUCUUCAACUGUUACGUCUUGUUAUAUGCAGUGCAAAAACACACCAGACUGCCUUGAUGUUGGUUUAUCUCCAGAUCUUAUGUCUAAAUCGCGUGGACUGUGUUACCUUUUGCGGUCUGGUUUCAAUGGAGUUUCCACAGCAGGAACUAAAAUGUCUUUGUUGGACGAUCCGGAAUGCUGUGCCGUCCGUGAAUCAUGUUUUAAGAACAAUUUUCGGUGUUGCAAGCGAGGAUAUGUUGGAAACCUGUGUACAUCUAGGGCAGACUUCUCGCUGCACUUCGUUUUCAAAACUGCGAGCAUUAGUCGCCCAUGGAAGCGUAUGUUUCCCAUAAAAGCUUUGACAAUUGCUUUCUGGAUAAAAGGAGCUUUGAAUACAACAAAUCAGACGAACAUCGUUACCAUGUCAUUUGUAAAUCAGACUUACAAUGAAAUAAGUGUUCAGUAUAAUGAGGGGGGUAUGCUGCGGAUCCAAUGCUCAUUUCUGAGUGACAUUCAGACGGAUGUACCCAUUACCGAACCGCAUUGGUCGCACUUUGCAAUAGUUCUGAGCAAAACAGCAUUAAAGGUAUAUAAAAACGGGUUACUUGAGGACACUGUUAAUUUGGUGGUCACUUUUCCAGAUCCUACAGCUGGUGAUGUUUACCUUGGAAGCUCUUGUUUUGAAAGAGGAAAUGUUACUUCUACUGCAACAACAAACAGUAAUGGGUUUCAAGGACAGCUCGUUCAUUUUUAUGUUUGGAGCAGAGCAUUAAAAGAUUCCGAUGUUAAAGAUGUUCAAGAUGUACGAAUAGAUUUUAAGGGUAGCCUGCAGAUAUGGGGUAAAUUUAGACAUAACACUGGUACUGGCGUUCACAUUGAAGAUUAUCCAUUUAAUUAUUGAUGUUGGCGACCGCAUAUUUUCUGUUUUGCAGUGUUGUUUGAACAUCCCGUUGUGCAACUUAUAAAAACAUUGAAACGGAAUUAACAAAACCAAACAAUCUGUAGCUUAAUAAGGACUUGGUUUUUCAUGACUCUUGUCGCGAUUUUUGCUAAGGUAUUGAAUAUAAAAGGCUUGAGAUCUUGAGUUCUGUAGAAAGUAAUAUAGAAUACACGUUUGUGCAAAUCUGAUUCAAGAAAUACACGAUGCAGAUUAUAACAGGAUGGAAAUAAAAUGUAACAUCUUUCAUGAAGGUGCCCGUUGGAGCGUUGGGCUAAGACUAUUAUUAUGAAAGCUAGUAGUCAGCUCGUGAAAAAUUUCCUAAAAAAUCGCCACUGUGCAUUUGUCGCAUCGCUGUUUCUUAAACCCUUGCCCGUCAUGAAGUAAUGAAGUCUGCUUAGACGGGGGUUACUACUAUAAUUAUGGGGUGCUGUUGUAACGGCGAUUUUUGAUUACACAACCCAGGUUUCUAAAAAAUUGCAAAGUAUCACAAAAAUAUGUGCUACCAUUUUGAACAGACAAACAAAAUACGGAUGAGACUAGUCUUUAGCCGGUGAAAAAAUUCACAAGUUCGCAGGUCCUUUGAUUUUCGAUUUUUGAUAUCGUACAUAAUUCCAGCACCAAUAUUUCGUGCAUUUUUGUUUAACAGGGUAAUUAAAUUAAUUACUCUGUGGGGAAUCCGGAUUUAGAACGAAUACGACGGUUUUAGUUUUAUUUAUUUUUUUAUCUUUUUUAAUUAUUUUUUUUUGUGUGGUGAACAAAUAGAGUGGAAAGAGAGGGAAGUAAACUGAAAUUAGAAACAAAAUGCACAACUGAGUUAAGAUAGACUUAGGAAAACAGUGAGGAAAAACAAGCAGAAUGAGAAUAUAGUUAUCGAUGGAUAAUCAUAGAUAUCAAAUAUCAUAAUAAAAAUAAUAAUAAUAAUGAUAUAUAAUAUCAAAUAUAAAAUGUAAAAUCUAAUGUGCAUGAUAGGGACAUUCACCUAAAAUAACCAAUGGAAUUGUUUAACUAUUAUUUUGCACAAGGCUAUAUCAUAUAAAAAAAAUUAACUUGAUUUCACAUUAAUACAGACAAUUGAAGCCUAGCAUUAUACCAAAUGCAUCGUGAAGUUGCCCUAAAAUUAAUUAAAGCCUUCAAAAACUAAAACCUAUCGUAUUUUUCGUAACAAUGGCAAAUUAUCCAUCCUUAUUCCUUACUAAGUGAAAUUAGGUGUUGUAAUACAAAUACAUAUUGUCCUCGUCAUGCUUAGCAUACGUUCAUGUUUAAUCCCUUAAUUCAGGAAAACUAAAUUCAAAGACUCAACAAAGUUAUGUUUGCACGUCAUUGACGUACGGCUAUUUUCACAAUCGUCGACGGCAGGUUGUUUAAAUUAGAUUUUAAUUAAUUGAAGUCUAUGAACUUUUACUGUAUUAUAAACACGGGGAAGUCUGUGCUUUAAUGAUUAACCCGGUGAGAGAUAUUCUCCUUACAAUUCACCCAAGUUUUCAAUAAUCGAUAAAAGAUGGGCUGUAAAAUGUAUUUCUAUUUAAACUAACAAUUUUAAAAUUUAGCAAAAAGUUAUUCCGCAAAAUGAAAUUGCUGAGUGAUUGUUUUAACUUAACGGAAUAACGACAGGUUGUGGUUUUAUUUAAACAGGAGUUGUGCGAAUAUGCGGCUGAGAAAAGGCGUAUGGAUAUGUUUUUUCACAAUUAAUUUUUGAAAUUACGCAGGAACUUAUUCUGCAAAAAAAAAAUACUCGCCGACUGGUUAAAGGCACGAGGUAAAGCUAACAAAAAGGCUCAUUUUUUAACCGUGUGUACUCGUAUGUGGAUUUCAACCAAUAUUGUUUCCGAUUAAAUUUUUACCAAAUUAAAAAUAUGUCAGUAAAAGAUGUUUAAAAAUAACAGUACUUUUACAUUUUAAGCUGAAAUAGU